ACUGUUUUGCUUGACAUCUGUCAUUGUUAGUGAAAAAUCGUGUUUUCAAAUUUUUGUUUCCUUGAUUUUAUAAUUCAUGGAAAACAUUAAUAAUUCUUAAAAGUUUCAAGUUUCUUACAAAGUUAAAUCAUGCCAGAGGUAUCCCUUAAAGACACUAUAAUCACAUCCCUUAACGCCCAAGAGCCAUGGCCAGAGAACGUCAAGUUGUUUCAACCAUAUGAGGUGGAGCAAAUCCUGCUCCCGGAUAAUGCUAGCUGCUUGGCUGUACAGGCAUUCCUAAAGAUGUGUAACCUGCCCUUUGAAGUGGAGAUGCGUUGGAAUGCAGAGUUCAUGUCACCGUCAGGCCGAGUCCCGUUCAUCAAGUGCGGUGCUUUUGUAGUCUCAGAACUGGAACCUAUAGUGCAGUUUGCAGCUAACAAGAAUGUGUCGUUAUGUGCAAGAUUAUCUACUGAGGAGAGAGCUGAGAUGAGGGCGUACAUGAGCCUUAUUACUAAUGUCUUGGUCAAUGCUGAGCUGUACAUAUCAUGGGUAGACCAGGACACUUUCAACGCGGUGACGCGCGUCCGCAACUCCUCGGUGUACCCCUGGCCGCUGGGCUGGCUGCAGACGAGGUCCAAGCGCGCCAGCGUCAUCAAGCGGCUCAAGGCGUUGCACUGGCACGACAAGACUUUGGACCAAGUUCUUGCUGAUGUGGAACAGUGCUGCAACUCACUGAGUCAAAGGCUUGGAGACAGGGAUUACUUCUUUGGCACACCGACAGAACUAGACGCGCUGGUAUUCGGCCACGUGUUCACAAUCAUCACGACGCGACUGCCUUGUCGCAAGCUGGCGGACACGGUGCGGCGACACGACACGUUAGUCGCGUUGGCCAAACGCAUCGACGAGCAGUACUUCAAGCGGCCAUAGCGCGAGGUGUUCAAGGACAUCUCCACUGUGUUUCAGAGUCCUUGAAUCUUUCUUCUAAACCCGACUAACCCUACAGUGACGUAUUUUUUCUACUUAUGGCUAUAACGCACUAGCGGUUAGCCGCAGGGGCGGCGAACUGCGCGGCUAGCUGCUUAUCCUUUAUUUAAUAUGCAGCUUUGGCUGGUAGGAGGCUUCGGCCGUGACUAGCUACUACCCUACCUGCAAAAAUUUCCCGCCAAGCGAUUUAGUGUUCCGGUACGAUGUUUUGUAGAAACCGAAAGGAGUGUGGAUUUUUAUCCUACUCCUAACACGUUAACCCGCUUCCAUCUUACAUUGCAUCAUCACUUACCACCAGGUGAGAUUGUAGUUAAAGGAUAACUUGUAAAGAAUUAAAAAAAAACGGUCUGACAGGAGACCGACCAUUUUUAAUGGCUGGGCCAAGUUUUGAUGAAGAAACCGUUACAGCGUUAAAAUUAGUGUUAUUUAUUAAAUAAUAAUAUCAGUUUUAGGCUGGUUAAACUUCAGAUUGAUUGACAGUUGCAUAAUCAAGAUAUAGACGCUUGCCCAUCAGCAAAAAUAAUCACAGUCGUUAAUAUUUUUUUGAAAUGCGCGUUUUUGAUGAAAUUGUGCAUUUUAGUAUGCACGUGCAUAAGUGAUUGAUGAAUGAUUUUUAAUAAAAUAUAGAAUAUUUCGUCACAAAUUUUUGUUCUUUGUUUUGUUGUGAUGGGUCGUUGGUUGGUCUACAUUUUUAGCGGUUAGUGCGAAUCACAAGCGGUUGCACACUAAGUUUGAAAUGCGGCUAACCGUGCGGUUAGCCGCCGUCGCGGUUUUUCACCAGUGCGAUAAGCAUCUGAACAUUUUUUUUUGUAAAACGAUUAUUAUGUAAGAUUAACUCGAGUGCUUUUAAUGUUAAAGGUGCAAACACUGUUUUUUUAAAUAGUAUACUUACUUACUUUAUUUGUUAAUAGAUGGAAAACUAUCAAAAUGGCAAACAAUCAGAGGGGUUCGACAAAGCUGCAUUUUGUCUCCAUUACUAUUCAACCUAUACUCCAAAGAAAUCUUGACAAACUUUAAUAAGUUUAUACAACAAGGAAUCAUUAUAAACGGAGUAUGUGUAAAUAGCAUAAGAUAUGCCGAUGACGCCGCCUGACGUUCCUCUUAUUGUCGUCUUCAGGCCAACGCUAUAGAGUUAAAGAUUAUCAUUCUGACAAGUCGUAUUUUUCUAGUAAAAUAUAGUAUAACUUCAAUUACAAUUAAUUAUCUAAAUAAUAAAAAUAAUUGUUAUUAACUUAUUGCUGUAGAAACAUCUUUUUCUGCGUUUUGAUUCUUUUGUAGUUUUUUUUUCUCAAAGACUGCUGCUCCGAAUUAAAUACAUACAGUUCAGAAAUCAUUUUUAUUGUAUAACUAAGUUAAAAGCGGUUUAUUUUAGGUUUACCGAAAGAAAUAUUUGUUAUUUCAUAUCACUCAGUCUAAGAUCCGUAUUAGAAAGGACCUUCACCCAUUAUGUUUAUUGGAUGAAAUCACUUUUUAUCAAUUAAACGAAUAGAAAGACUUCAUCCAUUAAACAGAGGGUGAGGGUCGUUUCUAAUACUGAUCUUCUACUAACAACUAAUUUUGUAGGAUUAGCCACUAAGCCAAAAGACAAUGAUAUCAUUGUUAUCACGUUUUAAGAUUGUACAGCACAAAAUAAUAUAAAUAGCAGUGACAUAGUUGUUUAAUAGCAUUCAGUACAUAUCUAGAUAAUAAUAAGAAGAUAUAAAAUUAUUUGUUGAUUUAUAAUGAGUUUUUAACCGACUUCAAAAAAAGGAGGAGGUUUCUCAAUUCGACCGUAUAUAUAUUUUUUAUGACUUCAAGCUGUCUUAGACAACGCUUACGUAUUAAGAUUUUUUUUGCUAUCGUUAAUUUUAAACAGCUUAUUUUAUUUUGAUUAAUAGUUUGUACUUUGUUAUUAGAAACGGUGUUUUAUGUUAAAUCUAUUGUCCUCUUUGUGGCAAGUUGUUGUAAGUAUUACAUAAUAAUUAUGUUAAUUAAGCAAGUCUUAUUCAAGCAUCGAAAGUAAGUUUGUGCACUAGAAAGAGUGGAGGAUGUCUACUUGUAUACUGCUGUGCACUAACUAGGUAGUGAGUGUGUCUAGACUAGUCUUGGUACGAAUAAUUGAAAUAAAUAGGUAGAUAUGAUUUUUUCCAUGUUGUACUUUUAUGUAAGGUUUAUCGAUAUUUUAUUUAGUAUAAGUUUAACAUGCUUAAAAUGUGUGGGUACCUAUUGUCAAUUUUUAAAGAUAUGUUUGUCAUUAGGUACUCUAACUGGUAGGUGUGUUUUUUCCCUGGGAUAGAUUAUAGCGUUUGAAUGUGUCCGAAUAGUUUCAAAAUUUGAUCGGAGAAUCGAAUUGCUUCAGCAAUUUCAUGUGAGUAGUAGCUAUUUGUCCAUUUCAACGUUUUUGUUUUUCAAAGUUUCAAGUAAUGAACUCUUAAAAAUAGUGUCAUCCUUUCUAAACGGAAUCAUCAACAAGGGAUACAUGACUUUUAAUUUUGCCAAUUUUGUUCAGCUACCUACUAAACAUUUUCUAAGAUCCGUAUUAGAAACGACCUUCACCCAUCUGUUUAAUGGAUGAAUAGUGUUGUAUAAUUUCUUGGCUAAACUAUUGUUAACCAACAUUAAUAAUAGUUUGGCCAGGAGUUUUUGAGGCAAGCUACUAACACUAAAACAGUUUUUAUCCAUUAAACACACCCAUCUGCUAAUAGGUUGUUUCAUAAACUCCUGGCCAAACUAUCAUUAAUGUUGGUUAAUAAUAGUUUGGCCAAGAAAUUAUAAAUCACUUUUCAUCUAUUAAACAGAUGGGUGAAGGUCGAUUCUUAUUCGGAUCUUCUACAAACAGGAUUCCUCGUUAAUUUAAAAAAAACCAUGGAUUUUUCUGCAUUAUCUAUGGUUUUAUAUAUCCCAUAGAUGAAAGUUACGUUUCUUGCUAAAGUGUUUUCAGAUAGCAUGGGUACGGUGUCAGUCGCCUGUAUGACGUUCAUACUACGUACUAUUAUCCUGAAGAGUGAACUGUCACCCGCACCAUCCUACAUGAAACGAACUGUAGCUUAGCAAGUGGCCCUGAUUUUGAUAUUGCACAGAUUGAAUGUAGCAGGAGUAAGUAGUUUUUUUUGGACGUUUAUUUAUAAAUUUAAAUUCAUACACAAGACGGUUCUUUUCACCACUACCCUCAUUACGAGGCGAAAAACAAGUACAUUUUUAAUACUUAUAUUUGGGUUCUAGGAUUUUUGAGAUGACGUAUUUAUGUAAUGACAGUAGUUUAGUGUGAUUGUAUGUUAUUUAAUUCGUUACUUGGUACUUAAAUAAUUUGAACGACUUUUGUUUUAUACAUAACCUAUAGACUUUACUGUUAAAAUCGUUCUAUUGUUUUUACCAAUGUUGCCUUGUUACGCAUUUCCUUGGUACAAACUGGUAUUUGUCAGCAUUUUGUUAAAUUAUGAACAUCCAUAUUUUGAUUAUUUUCUAUUAGAAUUUAGUUAUGAAAAUAUACAUAUUAUUAAAAAAUAGUAA